AUCGUCAGUAAUUGAAAAUAAUGGUAAAUAGCAAAGAACUGUCUGCUACUCUAUUACUCGUACAUGCAUUUUUGUUCGCUAACAAAUUAGACAAAACUGCUAGCAAACUUCUAAAAGAAAUCGAGGAGAAAAACCUUGAAAUUGAUAGCAGCAAGUUAGCGAAAUCUAAGGAUGAUCCAAAGUGUUCACUUAUCUUGGAAGCUGUUACCGCCAAACUUGAGCAAGCCAAGAAGGAUACAGAGGAUGAUAGUGAUAGCGAUAGCGACAGUAGCAGCAGCAGUAGUAGUAGUGACAGCGACGAUGAUGACAAACCAGCUGCCGAACCAGCAUCUAAGGAAGAAGACAGCAGCGACUCCUCUUCCUCCAGCUCAGAUAGCGAGGAUGAGAAACCAGCAGCAGCAGCUAAGAAGCCAUCUCCGAAGAAGGCAGCUAGCAGCUCAUCAUCAAGCUCUUCAAGCUCUUCAGAUAGCUCAGACAGUGAGGAUGAAAAGAAGCCAUCACCAGCUGCGAAGAAAACAUCACCUGUGAAAAAGGCAGCAUCUAGCAGCAGCUCAUCAGACAGCUCAGAUUCAGAUUCUUCAAGCGAUGAAGAAAAGAAGACCGUAGUUGCUAAACCAGCCGCUGAGACAAAAAAGCGCAAAGCUAGUGCUUCUUCUUCUUCUUCCUCAUCAAGCUCUAGCGACUCAAGCUCUAGCGAAGAUGAAAAACCGGUCGCUAAACAAACCAAAAAGCAAAAAUUAGAUGAUAACACAACAGUUGAGACCACUGAAUCAUCAACACCAAACGGAAAGGAAACUACAGUAACAACAACCACGACAAGUGCCAACGGAAAACAAAAGAAAGUUCAAAAUGAAAGAUUUAGAAGAGUUAUAGCAGAAGAUGUAACUUUCCAUGAUAACAGAUUGGCUGAUAACUCAUUUGAAGGUAUCGGUUUAUCUGAAAAGGACUUCGGACAUAAAGCAGCUGCUGAUUUAGCACCAACUAAAGGCGCUGGUUUCAGAAAAGAAAAGAACAAGAAAAAGAGAGGUAGCUACAAAGGAGGUGAAAUUUUCAUGGGUAGCAACUCAAUAAAAUUUGAUUAGAUUUUGUCAAUUCUAUAAAUUUAUUUAUUACAUUUUG